AAAGCAUUUUAAAAUGUUUAUCAACCCUUUCAUUGUUGCUCUAUUUAGUAAUAGGCGUUAUGUCGAAUGUCACGUGACUAAACCGGAAAACAGGACUCUUCACUUCCACUUUUCACAGAAGCCGGUAGCAGCAGUGAGAGCUAAUAGCAACACGGACUCUACGGUAACCUAUUUAGCGUGUUUAUAAACUGGUAGUGUUUUAUUCGCCUAAAUUAACUAAUGAUAGUGAGAAGAUGGCUUUGUCAAGAUCCGUAAAGUACCAGAUACGGGAUAAUCCCAACAGUGAUUUUUGCUGUGUACCUCAGUGCGCGAUGUCAGGAAAGUUAAACUCCUGCGUAAGUUUCCACCACUUUCCAAAGGAUGAAACCUUACGAAAGGUAUGGAUACGGAAUGUAAGACGUGAGAAUCUGGUGAUUAAGAGGACUACGACAGUCUGUAGUAGACAUUUCAUUGACACAGAUGUCAUUCCGGGUGGGAGAAGACGCUUAAAAGAGGGCGCAGUGCCCGUGUUGUUUGCCUGGAAUAACUACUCUCUGUUGCCAGCCAGGCCCAGUGUUUGGGAGAGAACACAGCGACCAGAGGAUGAAUUACCUGAAGAGAUGGAUGUUGAACUGUUGCUUCAGUGCCACGACUAUGACGGAAAACCAGAACCAUCAGCUUUGGAUAUGGCUUGUGAGAAAAUUGAGGCCCAGCAGCUUGUGAUAGAAGAGCUCCGAAAGAGGCUGAACGAGGUUACACUGAAGCAGUCGUUUGGUUUAGAGAGGUUUUCAGCAUCAGACGAUGAUAUCAGAUUCUAUACCAGGUUUGCCAGCUACCAGCAUUUCCAAGCAUUUUGGAGACAGAUUGAACCUGCAACAAGAAGAAUUGUGCGUGUUGGUACACGGGCACCUACUCUCACCACUACAGCUCCAGACAAGGCUGCUGAUCCACCUCGACGACCAAACCGAUGCCUUCCAUUAAUAGAUGAACUGUUCCUGUUCUUGGUGUACCUGUCACUGGGUCUGAAGGAGAAAGAUCUGGGUGAUCGUUUCAACAUACAUCAGUCCACUGUCAGCAGAAUAAUCAAGACUUGGGUAAAUUUUUUGUACACCUUAUUGGGUGCCAUUGGAGUAUGGAUGUCUCCUGAAGCAAUUAGAGCUACAAUGCCAAGCGUGUUUGGAAAGUACUCUGACACACAAGUCAUAAUUGAUUGUACAGAGAUGAGAUGUCAAACACCUUCAUCUUUACUCUUACAGAGUGAGCUGUUUUCACAGUACAAAUCCCACACUACCCUGAAAGGAAUGAUUGGUGUGUCACCCCAUGGCGCUGUAACAUUUGUUUCCUCAUUGUUCUCUGGGUCUGUCAGUGAUAAAGAACUGUUCAGACAAUCUGGCAUUAUCCCUCUUUUGGAUAAGGAUAUGGCUGUAAUGGUGGACAAGGGAUUCAGAGUAGAUGAACUAGUGCCCUGUAAAGUUUAUAGACCCCCUUUUCUAAGCAAAAAGUCACAGCUAUCUCAUGAAGAAGUGCUUGUGACUCAGGACAUUGCACGGCUAAGAAUUCAUGUGGAGAGGGCAAUUAGGAGAAUCAAGGAGAACAAACUGUUUGAUACUAUUAUCCCUCUGACCAUUGCAGGCAGUAUCAACCAGCUUUUUGCUGUCGCCUGCCUUCUAACAAAUUACCAAAACAAGCCACUGGUCAAGGCUUGGGCCAAAGAAUCUUAAGUGUUACACUUACUAACCCAUAUUUUAAUUUUGACAAAUUAAGUUACAUUACCAUUACAUUUUUCAUUUCUGUUCCCCGUCUAGAUCAUCACUGUCUUGUAUGUGUCUUUUUCCCUAUGUGAAUCUAGCAUUUGUUUCAUGAUUUAACUGACCAUUAGAAAUGCUCCAAAAUUACCUUUCAGGUUGACUUCCAUUGAAGUUAAGAUGUUUUUAAGAUGUAAAUAUGCUAUCCUGAAACUAGGCUUGGUUUUGUGUGAUAAUGUUGUUGUGAUCAAAUUUAUUCAGCUCCCACUGCAAAUACGUUUACCAUUCACUGACAGGUUAGACACAAAUGAUGCAUCCAAAUUUAACAGCUAAUGCAGCAAAUUACAGUGGGGGUUGAAUAAAUGUAUUGCACCUAUAACUGCUCCCCCUCUCUUGUGUAUAGAAAACAUUGUUUAUGUACAUGUAUAUAUAAUGGUGCAUGGACAAAAAAAAACAUGCAUACAGUAACGUAUACAAAAUAUGUAUUUUUUUUUGUACAG